GCGCUAAACUAUCGUUGUUCACUAUACAUGAAUAACCGACUGUGUGGUAGGCCGGAGUUCUCCUCAGUGAUCAGCCUUAUGUAGUUUUAUUAGUGAUAGUGAGUAUGGCCGCUACAAGCACUGGACUUUAUCUGUCUACAAGUGUUCCGUCUUUGGGCAACCAGAGUGUCGGUAACCACAGCAUGAGGGAUUUGAGGGAAAUGCAAGGGCAAGUCCCAGUCAGCCAACCUACCCAAUACUCGCCGAGAGAUUUAUCGGAGAUGAAGUACAUGCCACCCCAACAUCAAAACGGACACCCUCUAAACCAUCACCACAACCCCUGGGCUCUGGACCAGGGAUGGCAUACGAUGGGUGUUAUGCAUACCCAGGAUAUUAAACCUUCACACGGCAAUGGACUAGUGGACGGACACACCAGUACUUUACAUCACCGUCCACCACAACAAAUGCAUCCAGCUCACUCCUGGCACUCGCCCGUCUCCCCACCCCAUCUCCAGCUUCAGAACGGGUCCCCACAGCUUCAGCACCCGGCGUAUAUGGGGAUGAACGGGAUGGGGAUGAACCAGAUGCACCCGGGUAGUCUCCAUGACCCGAUGCAUGAUCAUCUGCACGACCCCGAGCCCGAGCUGGAUCACCAAACCCAAUCGGACGAAGACACUCCUACUUCGGACGACCUGGAGGCUUUCGCCAAGCAAUUCAAGCAGCGUCGGAUAAAGUUAGGCUUUACACAGGCCGAUGUUGGACUCGCUUUGGGGACACUUUACGGUAAUGUUUUUAGUCAAACCACAAUUUGCCGUUUUGAGGCACUGCAGCUAAGUUUUAAAAACAUGUGUAAACUUAAACCUUUGUUGCAAAAAUGGUUAGAAGAGGCAGAUUCAACUACUGGUUCCCCUACUAGUAUCGACAAAAUUGCUGCUCAAGGGCGUAAAAGGAAAAAGAGGACGAGUAUUGAGGUCACCGUCAAGGGGGCACUAGAAAACCAUUUUCUAAAACAACCAAAACCCUCAGCGGCGGAGAUAACACAGCUAGCAGAUCAGCUGCAACUAGAGAAAGAAGUGGUACGAGUAUGGUUUUGUAAUCGUCGGCAAAAGGAAAAGCGUAUGACACCCCCAGGGCCUCUUGGUCCAAACGGUGAGCUAAUGAUGUGUGGUGAAGACGGCAGCCCCCCUAUGAUGCAUGGGGGACACGGGAGUCCCCUCCACCACCCAGGGGGCAGUCCCCUGUCUCAUAAUGGUGGGGGGUCACCUGUGAUGAACAUGUCCCCCCACGGGCUCACUCAGAGCUCAUUACUAUCACAAUCCCUCUCCCAUCAAUUUCAGCACUCCCCACCCCAACAGACUCGUGGCCUGACCCACUCUCCGCCGCUUCACUGAGCCCGGGGGGGUCGGGCAGCGUGCCCGCAGGACUGUCAUUUCUCAGGCGCAACUAUGGGAUAGUAUUAUGAUGUAUAUUGCAGAUGUGAAAUUGACGCCUCUGAAUCAAUUACAGAGUCGUUGUCAUUGUGCGCUGUUCAUUUCGUUGAGUGAAUGAAGAAAAGAACGCUACCGGAGAGAUACAAACUGGUAUAAUCAAAACAAAGAAACUCUUUCUCUCUCUCUACCAUGCGACUUUGUGAAUUUAUUCCAAGGAUGGGGUGUGUCAGUGCCGGAAGUCGUGGAACUGAAAUGGACAUCGUUGUGUGCUAAUUUCACCUGGACUGCGGUAAAUGUUUGACGUUAAACGUCAAUCAUAGUGUUUAGAUAUUUCCACAGAAAGGAAAGUCUUCGGUAUGUAUUACUCGUGCUUUAACUCUUGCCGAACUUUGAUAAAUAUGACACUUUCAAAAUGCUGUUAAUUUAAAAUACAGCAAGCAAAAUAUACAGCAAAAAAUGUGUACGGUACACAGAUAUGUACCCGAGUUUCGAUAUGAAAGUGCCAUACGUUUCUAUGUGACAUGCCGAGGUUUUGUACAUAAUUAUAGAGCUCUGCUCAGAACUGAUACGUAGUGUUAGACAUGUAUUUAAAUUUAUAAUAUGAGGUCUAGGGUUGAUCUCAACUCUCCUGUUUGUGCUGUCAAUGUGUCAACUGUUCAGAAACUGUUUUAUGAAAUAGGUUCUUGAGAAUUUGUAGACAUGUCAAUAUCUUCAACGUGAUAUGAUCACUAUUAUCAUUCCAUAAGUUAAUUAUUUCACUGAUUUGUUGUAAUUUAUGUACAAGGUUCAGAUAAAUUAUUUAAUUAUUAAUUAUACUUUGUAAAUUAAGAAAUACAAUGAUUCACCUUCUUUCUCUUAGCCAUUCCGAUCAAAAUCUGACCUUCAGAACAACUUAUACGUGUUUCAGUUUGCGAGUCUUCGAAUGGAGACAAAAAUGAUAAUUUAUUUCUUGUUGAAUUUUUUCCCUAAAUUCUGCUCAUUACAUUCUACCACGAGCUUCCAGUGUAUGUUACUGUCAAUCAUGAAAUUGAAAGCUCAGAAAUGAACAUUUAUAACCGAUUUUAAACGGUGGUUUAUUAUGAUAUUGUGAAAUGGAUUUGGAAGUAAACAUUUGUAAUAUUGGAGCCUAAUAGCUCGUGGACUGUCUCCUGUCGUGGAACACCAUUCUAAUAAAGAUCGUAAUGAGUGAA